CCAAUGAUGAAGCUCACCUCGGUCCUCAUGCUCGUACUGGGCUACUGGCUGCUCUUUGCAGCCCAUGCACUCGCUGCUGGACGCCAGCCAGGCAUUUAUUUCCCCUGGGAGUCACCACCGCCUCCACCUUCGUCGUGGGAUCACACCAAUAAAGACGACCGCCAUGUCAUAGUUGAUCAUACUGGCCCAAAAGAUAAAGGCAAGGCGAAAAUAUCAGGCUCUAGUCUCCAAGGUCAAGAUGCAGACAAUUACUCUUCAUCUAAAGAUGGCCUCUCGUCAAGUGCUAGCCACAUAUUCGAUCAAGCCAACGAGGAGCUGGAUGUCCAAAAUGUGCGAACGCUGGCUCAAUGGAACCUUGAUGACAUCAUUGAACGUGAAUACCGUUCUCCUAUGCUCGGCCCUGUGCAGCACUCAACACUGGGAGAGUGGGAUGACCAGCUGAUGGAAAAUCAGCCGCAGCCAGGACAAUACAACAGUCCGUACUCAGAACAUUUGCCGUGCCCUCAGACGCUCAACAUGAUGGGCCCCAGUCGUACCACCACCCAUACUCAUUGCAAGCACAAUGGUUCGACCAUCACCCUCAUCAGCACAUAUCUUAUGCUCCGUGGUCGGGUCAUGACACUGAGCAGCUUUUACGGCACGGCCAAUCAGGCCACCACGACGAGCAGCUUUUGCGGCACGGCCAAACAGGCCACCACGACGAGCAGCUUUUGCGGCACGGUCAAGCAGGCCACGACGACGAGCAGCUUUUGCGGCACGGCCAAGCAGGCCAUGACACUGAUGAAGAUUCCAGCAAAACCCUAG